GGCAUGUGAUAUUGACAGAAGUUCAGUUGUGCGUGUCACCUCUUCAGUAUACCACCACCACCACUACCACUACUAAUACUACCACCAUCUACCACAACUACAGCUGCUACUAUCAUCUACUACUUGUCUUACUCCUACUGUCACCACGCCCUCACUUCACCUGCACGUCAAGAUGCAGGCUGCACGUUGGCGGUGGUCUGGCCUCUCUCUGCUGCUGCUGUUGGUGGCGCUGCUGGCCGGCCCCCGCCACGCUGCCGGGCACUCCUUGGCGGGGGACACUCGGGAGGUGAAAUAUGAACCAUUGAAUGUUGGAGAUCUGGACGAUGGAUUAACAGACACCAUAGAUCCAGGCGAUGAAUCAACAAACACCACAGAUCCAGGCGAUGGGUCAACAGACACCACAGAUCCAGGCGAUGGGUCAACAGGCACCACAGAACCAGGCGAUGGGUCAACAGAGACCACAGAUCCAGGCGAUGGGUCAACAGGCACCACAGAUACAAGCGAUGGGUCACCGCCCACCACAGAUGCACCGACCACCACAGAUGCACCGACCACUGAGAAGCCGGGCACCGAAUCAACGUCAGACGGCAGCACCCCUACAGACAACACCAGCACGCCGACGGACGAACCGAACAUCUCAACAUUUGCCCCUCUUGAUGAUCUAGGCCUCUAUGAACGCACGCAGGAUGAACUGAAGGACACAGAAGAGACAUUAGGGAAGUUCCGCUCUCUAGCGGAAAGCACUAUGAAAAGUACUGAAGGAAUCAUGGACAGUCCUGCAGGCUGGUGGAAGAUGGGGAAGGAGCAGACGGAGGAAGUAAAGCCUUUGAUCAUUGAUGAUUUUUGUAAUAGCCCUCUUACCUCUACGUGCGAGGAACUGAAGACGGACCUUACUGAAGUACAGAAGCUGGUGACUAUUCUGAAUAUCAACGUGGACGCCUGGACAAUGCAAAACCUGGGGAAUCUCGUAGUGAAGAAUAAUGAGUUGAAUAGUACUUACCAGUUCGCCAACACGAAACCAGACGACUUCAAGAAUUCCAUUAAUAGUGAGAAGUUCUUGAACGUGAUUGAUGAAAUAGCUCAGGAAGUGAAGACGAGUGAGAACAAAGUGAGUACCAAGAUAAAUGACAUCAAGAAAAACAGGACGGGCUCGGUGGUGCUGGUGGCGGUCAUUGGAAGUCUUGGGGGGAUCAUGAUCGUCAGUCUGGCUGGCGUCAUGGUCUACAGCGCCACCAAGAAGCAAAUGAAGAAAAAGUCAUCCGCCACGCCAUACAAUAAGCUGCAGGGAGAGAACAUUCCCAUCGAUGCAUUCCUGUCUGACGGGCCGCCAACUGACGUCCGCCAGGUCCCGAGGGCGGAUCCUUACACAAACCAGCCGCCACCCGGAAGAAGAGGCGAUCCCUACGCGUCCUCGUAUGGCGGCAAGAGUGAACCAAUGCCGGAGUAUAGAGGGCAGCCGAGAGUCACCAGAGUAGGAAAGGGUCUUCCCAGGACACACUUUUAAGAAAUGAAAAAAAAAAAAAAAAAAAUUGUGUUUUUUCAAGGGUCUGUUUACUGUUUUGAAACGCUCUGUUCUCUCAACAAUGCCUGAAUACAGAAGACAGCUCAGAGCCACCAUAGUAGCAAAGGGGCUUUCCAGGAUACAGUUCUGGCGAGGUAUGCAAAACAAAUCAUAAUCGUACUUUUUUUUUUAAGAGUUUGUACUACAUAUUUUGAAAUGCUCUAUUAUCUCGUCACUUCCGGAGUAUAGAGGCCAGCUUAUCACUAGAGCAGGAAAUGGUUUAUCCAGGAUGGACUUCUAACGAUAAAUGCAAACUAUUGUCUUUUUUCUUCAAGGGCCUGUACAGUGUAUUGCUAUGUUGAAACACUUCGUUCUCUCCAUUUUCAAAAAACCCACCGAGAUGAUUAGUCGAAUUCUUAUGGAUACUUUCUUCCCACUGAUCGUUAUACUGUUAUUACAAUCAUGUAAAUACCUUUAAAAACCCCAGUGACUCUCACCACUGCCUGUUAAAAGUAGUCGAGAUUAGACACUGAAACAUUUGGGAAAGCGUUGUCCUUGUCUGCUUUGCAUCAUAAUAACGCGGUGGUUUGCUGAGACUCCCUUGUAUCUGUUCAUCUUGUCUCUUGUGUCUGUCAUUUCAUUCCCUUGAAUUUCGUCAGAGAGAGAGAGAGAGAGAGAGAGAGAGAGAGAGAGAGAGAGAGAGAGAGAGAGAGAGAGAGAGAGAGUGGCCAGAACCGCUCUCGUAUCUCCAUCCUCCACUUCUUGAUUCACCUCUGACUAAUGAUUCCCAGAGGCACGAGUGAGAAGUUUUCUUACACUCAAUAUUACUUAACUGCUGUGGCUUAAUUUUCCUCUUCGUGAAAUGGUCUGGUGCAGUUACAGUAUAAUUUGAUAUAAUUUCGAAAGACACCACAGACAGCAAGGAAGCAGUCGACUACAUUUGGAUACUCGAAAUAAAACGUAUUUUGACUUACGACCAAAGCGCUAUCCGAUUUUUUUUUUUUUUUUUUUUUUUGCUGCAGCUAACUUGGCAUACGAGCAAUUCUUCACUUCUGCUAUGCUUUGUAGGGUAAAAGAUAUUGUUUAUACACCUUUUUCUACAUUUAGUGAUUUUUUUUUCUAUUCUUUAGGUCUUUUUUUUUUUUUUUGCUUUCGACAGCCAUUGUGGAAUAGAUCUUAGUCGUAAGCUAAAGUACACCCAUGUAUUUUGAAACUGUAGCAUGUAUAGUGUUACUUAUGUUAAGCAAAGUUGUCUAAGAUUACCAAAAGAAGUAACAAGUGUCGUACUGUCACCAGCCACCAAAGAAUUAUGUAAACACGUACAACAGAAAAUACCUAUCACAUGUUUUCCCCAUAACAGUUUUUGUAUAUUUUUGUCCAUUGUUUAAUUUAAUUUUAAUGAGAUGGUUUUCAUAUCAAAUAAAUAAUUAUAACAUAA